AUGUCGUACGCUUACUUGUUUAAGUACAUCAUCAUCGGUGAUACAGGUGUCGGAAAGUCUUGCCUCCUCCUGCAGUUUACGGAUAAACGCUUUCAACCCGUCCAUGAUCUCACAAUUGGUGUCGAAUUCGGUGCUCGCAUGAUCAGCAUUGACGGGAAACAAAUCAAACUUCAAAUCUGGGACACAGCAGGACAAGAAUCUUUCCGCUCCAUCACUCGAUCGUAUUACCGCGGCGCGGCUGGAGCGUUGCUCUGCUAUGACGUCACGAGACGAGACACCUUCAAUCAUCUUUCUUCAUGGCUCGAAGACGCUCGACAGCACUCCAACAGCAACAUGGUCAUCAUGUUGAUUGGGAAUAAGAGCGAUCUCGAGGCUCGUCGUGAAGUGAAACGCGAGGAGGGCGAAGCUUUUGCCCGCGAGCACGGCCUCGUCUUCAUGGAGACUUCUGCCAAGACUGCCGCCAACGUCGAGGAGGCUUUCAUCGACACGGCCAAGGAAAUUUAUCGAAAGAUCCAGGAAGGCGUCUUUGAUAUUAACAAUGAGGCGAACGGCAUCAAGCUGGGCCCGCAGCACAGCCCAUCCUCUCCAAACUCGCCGGCUGGCGGCACGGGUCUCGGCGGCUCCGGCGGCUGCUGC